CUUCAUGAUCGAUAAGAUACUAUCCACAGCCCAAGAUUAGCCGCAAUGGCACGAAUAUCUUUGUUUAUCCUCCUGCUAGGAGCUUUGGUCUCGCUCACCGCAGCGUCCGCGCCAACCUUCUGUAAAUGUACAUGCUUUAAGAACAGCACCAUUAUCCCCCUCGGUCCUAAAGGCGAAACAUCCUCAUCCCAGCUCCGUCGCGCCGUUCUCGAUUCCUCAACUCCUCAGCUCGAACCACGCUCGAAAUCGAAAUCAUGCUCCGAAUGUACUAAGGCCUUCUGUCUCAAGCAGGGCAUUGACUUCUGCAAGGACGCGACAGAAGAGGACGUCACGACUAUGUGCUUUCAGCGUGACAGCAACAAAGACAAGAUCAUCGUAUGGGCUUUCAUUAUUGGCACUGUUGGAUUGUUGGGUUGGGCUGCGUUCAAGAAGUUUGUGGCGUUGCGCCAGGGGCUUACGUUUGGAAGACAGGGCAGCAAUUAUGCUCCCAUGCAAGGGAACUUCCGAUGAGACGAUAAAUGAUAUGGCAUCGUACUCAUCUGUGUUUGGAUAGGUGUGGUAUCUGCGGUUCCAUCACUCGGUAGAGGAGUCUGGCGUCCUUGGGUUAUCUGAAGUUGACAGGAGGUCAGUUGACCCCUUUAGCAAUGUUCGGAAUAUUCAUGAGGUAUAUGAUAAAAAGAUCAGGCAU